GUUCGGGGACCGAUCAUGUACUUUACCCUUAAAAAACAUUAAACUAGAUGCCUAGAGGAAUCUGGAAUGUGGACAGAGAUAGGCAAAAGCAUGACUCAUCUUCUCCGGUCUCCGAUGCCUCUGUCUGCUUUCGCCCUCCCAAAGCGACUUGUCGUUUCCUUUCCUCUCGCUCAGCUUCUUCACCGUCACACACCACCCAAACCCUUCUGCUCCAGAAUGUCCGCCACGCCAUCAACUUCCCUGACUCACACCAUCUCCUUGCCCACUCAACUCGGUCAACCUGUCCAAGUCCUUGCCGCCUCUGGCCUGUCCGAUUCCGAGUUCAGGGCCGCUAUUGAAUCAUCUUUGUUUAGACAAUGGUUAAAGAAUCUGGAGUGUGAAAAUGGGAUUUUGGCUAAUGGGUACAUGACUUUAACUCAAGUGCUUAUUCAGGGAGUUGAUAUGUUUGGAAAGCGAAUCGGCUUCCUCAAAUUCAAAGCUGAUAUUAUCGAUAAAGGAACGGGAAAGAAGGUUCCAGGUAUAGUAUUUGCACGAGGACCAGCUGUAACUGUACUAAUUCUUUUGGAGUCCGAGGGCACAACAUAUGCUGUUCUCACCGAACAGGUUAGGGUCCCCACUGGGAGGGUUGUUCUCGAAUUGCCUGCUGGAAUGUUGGAUGAUGACAAGGGUGAUUUUGUUGGCACUGCAGUUCGUGAGGUUGAGGAGGAGAUAGGUAUUCGAUUGAAACUAGAAGACAUGGUUGACCUCACUGCGUUCCUUGAUCCAUCUACUGGAUUCAAAGUUUUUCCUUCUCCGGGAGGCUGUGAUGAAGAACUUGGGCUAUUUCUGUACAGAGGGCGUGUUGAUAAAAACAUUAUCACACAGCUUGAAGGAAAAGAAACGGGUUGUGUCAAACACGGUGAGCUGAUCAAGGUUCGUGUAGUUCCAUAUGAGAAACUCUGGCACACGACACCUGAUGCAAAGGCACUCAUGGCAAUUGCAAUCUAUGAAAUGGCCAAGAAAGAAGGAUUAUUACCACAAUAAUCCUAACCAGCUAACAUCAAUCAUUACCGGCUUCUGUUUGUUCCUAAUUCAGUCAGUGGUUUUAAGAUCAUGGAAUCAUGGGCACCAAUUGUCGUAGAAAUCGAGUUUAAAUAUUUAGCCUGUAAUAGACGUGUAAAACUGCAGUAGGAAGUUUGGUUUUGAGCUCCAUUGUUAAUUCAUCGCUUAAUGUUGGACCAAGUUUAGCCUUUAAAGUUUAACUUAAUUCCAAAUAAUAAUAGAAAGUCUGUUUGAACUCAA